AUGGCAGACCGUGACUGGAACGUGGUAGAAACCCGCAGUGAACGGAAACGUAACCGUGAUGAUGAGCUCCGCGAAGAACGACUCCGCGCAGAAGCGCCCCGCCGACCACAUCGCACCCGAAAUCUGGCAUGGUUUGAUGCCACUCAUCCACCACCCGCAGGUAUGGCGGCCGAAUACGACCACAUUCACGCCCAGCGUUAUGGAGCGGAAGAACGGAUGAUCAAUGGAAGGCAUCGCCGGAGUAACCCAAAUUUCCCCCGAAAUAGUGGGAGAGACAUAGCACAUGCUAGAUAUGUUGAUAGCACACAGCACAGAAAUAUAGCACUCGAGUCCUACCUUGAUGCAAAGCGGAAAAACGCUGCGGAGAUUGAAAAGCUGGAUGCAGAGGAAAAGGAGUACUAUGAACAUGCAACGGGUAGUCUACUACCAAGCCAGCAUGCCGAUAUGUCUGGUCGUGCGCUAGAUCUGGCAGAUGCAGCCUACGCCAAUGGGUCCCUACGAACGGACGCCGAAGAUGAAUUCCCCUACGGGCAACAUAGCCUGCCACAAGCGGUUGCACAUCACAAGUACGCGCAGACAGCCUUCGACCAACACAGACGAGCUACCAGCGAUCACGAUCGUCACGAAAGAUAUCGAUCGAGUGAGGUCGAUGACGGCAAAAGGGACUGCUAUGACAGGAGAGUGACGACCGGGACUAAACCACAUACCAGGAGCCGUGAACAUGAGCUCCCACCACGAGGUUAUUACUCUGCAUAUCCCACUACACCUCCAGCAGAGAGAUCCAAUGGCGCAGACUACGGCUCCACUCCACAAUGCAGUCGGAGAGACGUCGGUCGCGGGCACAAUGCUGAUAAUGAAAAUACCAACAACCAACCUCGAACCGACUGGUGGGAGGAUUAG